GGCGUGCGGUCUGCUGGCACAUUCUCAGCAAUAGCUCGUGAAUCAACUAUCGUUGAGGGCUGAAACUUAAAUUCAGUGAGAUCUUCAGUUGAUAAGUACUGUUUUAAUUGCUAUUUGUUAAAUUUGUUUUUACUUUUGUUAAUUGUAUCUCGUAGAAUUUCAUCGUUAAAGGUGGCAAGAUUUUUAUUGGCCUUAAUACAGCAAUAAAAAUAUCCCAAUCUAUUAGGGCAUAAAUAAAGAAUUGAGCUCAUAAGCUAAGAAAAAUAAAAAUAGCAAUGAAUUUUGGAAUGUUGAUCCUUGCGUUGCUGGCAGCCUGUGUUCAUGGCAUCGAGUUCUCUGGCUCUUAUUCUGUAGUCGUCACGCGCCCCCCGAUUGAGAUCAAAGAAGUUGCCCACAUUCCCCCAUGGGGAAUUGGCUACUAUAUUCCCCCAAAGUCCACACGCAUGGAGUCCGGACUUCCUCCUGAGGAAGAGGAAGAAGAACUCAAGGCGAAGAACGAAGACGGGGAAUACUAUGUGGACGCCAGGGAGCAAGACUUGGUGGUAGAAGAUGUUCGCGUUGGGUUUGACAGAGGCGAGGAGGUUGGGGUGGGAGUGCAGCCUGGCAUGUUGUGCGUCGAGGAUGAACGGCCCAUGGGUGAGGACGGCAUCAACUAUUGCAGGAGACUCACCGAUGAGGACAAGAAACGUAUGGAGCGAAUGUCUAAAAACGUGGUGGUGCUCACUGUCGGUAGCGGCGAGUCUGACGCCCAGACUCGGCUUCUGAGGUCAGCUCAGGUCUUCCAGUACACCAUCCAGGUGUUAGGAGACAACCAAGGCCCUGUCGCGGACGACCUCAAGCUGAAGCUCGUACAGGAGGCAGUCGCCGGCGUCGCUAAAGAUCAUCCCGACCGUCUGGUGCUCUACCUCGACGGGCCCGAUGCGAUCUUGGCAGCGGGUCCCUUGCGGGUGGUGGAGGAGGUAACCCGUGACCAUGAGGGCCCUGGGGGACCGGUGCGGGUCCUGCUGUCCGCCGACGGAGUCUGCUGGCCCGACAAGAGCCUCGCAGCCAAAUUCCCUAAACUUAAAGUCGGACGCAGAUUCAUCGAUUCAGGAGCAUUCGUCGGUCCUGCUGAACAUUUGCACCGAAUCUUCACGGAGUCCGCGCAAGGGGAGAAGAGUUUGCAGGAGCUCUUCACGAAGCUCUACCUCAAAGACGCCGUACGCAAGAAGUAUAACAUCGCCAUCGACCACACCAACACACUCUUCCAGAACCUGCACGGUGCUACUGGGGAAUUGGAGCUUAAAUUUGCCGGCAAAGAAGGCUACCUGCAGAACACCGUCUACACGACCGUCCCUCUUGUGAUCAGAGGCAACCGCAACUCCAAAGUCAUGCUCAACUCGUACGCAAACUACCUCGCUCGGGCCUGGAACCCAGUCGAUGGGUGUCGCGAGUGCUGGGAGAAUAUGCUCCCCAUCGAGUCGCUGGAGGCCAGCCAGUUCCCUGUUGUGACGCUGGCCAUCUUCAUCCCCAAGCCCACGCCCUUCCUGGAGGAAUUCUUUGUGAAAAUUACCGCUCAGAAAUAUCCUAAAGAACGCAUUCAUCUUUAUAUUCAUAAUAUGGAGGAGUUCCAUGCCCCUAUGGUGACGGAGUGGGUGGACUCGACAGGUCGUCUCUACAAGUCCCUCAAGUACAUCACCCACGACGCCGGCGCCAAGGAGUGGCACACCAAAAACAAAGCGAUUGUCCAUACCUUGGAAACUGGGAGCGACUUCUUGCUGGUGGUUGACUCCAUGGCGCAUCUCGACAAUCCUUUCGCCAUCAAACUCCUCGUGGAACAAAACAGGAAAGUGGUGGCCCCGAUGCUGGCCCGCCCCUACAAGCCAUGGAGCAACUUCUGGGGCGCUCUCACAUCCGACGGCUUCUAUGCCAGGAGCGCAGACUACGUCGAGAUCGUUCAGAACGAGAAACGGGGGCUGUGGAACGUGCCGUUCGUUGGCAAUGCAUACAUGAUCAGCAGCAAACUGCUGGCCGACAAGCAGCGAGUUCCUUCCUUCAUCAACAAACUUCUCGAGCCUGACAUGGCCAUGUGCGCCAACCUCAGGGAAAAGGGCGUUUUUAUUCACGUCACCAACCGUUUGGACAUGGGACAUCUCGUGAGUGCCGACAACUUCGUCACCAAGCACUUCAGGCCAGAAAUGUGGCAGCUGUUCGAGAACAGAUGGGACUGGGAGGCGCGGUACCUUCACGAGAACUACUCCUCCAGUCUCGUCGAGAACGCCACCAUUGCCAUGCCGUGCCCUGACGUGUACUGGUUCCCGCUGUUCAAGGAGCGCUACGCGCAGGACAUGAUCGAUGUCAACGAGAACUUCGGUGGCUGGUCCGACGGCUCUCAUUAUGACAAGCGGCUUGAAGGAGGCUACGAAACGGUGCCCACGGUCGACAUCCACAUGAAUCAGAUUGAAUAUCGAUACGAGUGGCUAGAGAUCCUUCGUGCCUACGUCCAGCCGCUGCAGCUACGAGUGUUCGAAGGCUACAACAACGAUGUAGGACCACCACAAGCUUUGAUGGCGUUCACGGUGCGGUACAAGCCCGACGAGCAACCGCUGCUGCGGCCCCACCACGACACCUCGACCUACACCAUCAACGUUGCCCUCAACAGGCCUGGCAUCGACUUCCAGGGUGGCGGGUGUCGGUUUGUGCGCUACAACUGCAGCGUGCUGGACACCCGCGUGGGGUGGGUGCUCAUGCACCCAGGCCGCCUCACGCACCUGCACGAAGGGCUUCGCGUCACCGAGGGAACGCGUUACAUCGUUGUUACUUUCGUCGAUCCCUAGGCUGUGACGGUAUAACAUCAUAGUUACUUUCGUUGAUCCCUAGGCUGUGACGGUAUAACAUCAUCGUUACUUUCGUUGAUCCCUAGGCUGUGGCGGUAUAACAUCAUCGUUACUUUCGUCGAUCCCUCAGAUGUGACGGUAUAACAUCAUCGUCACAUUAAUUAAUAAUCAAAUUGGCUUAUAUGAGGAAUAUAAUUGAAAACAAGCGCGUACUAUAGGGCUUCAUGGCCUCGUGACGGUCACUGACCUCACGAUAUAUUGACAUCAGAUGCUUGUUGUACCUACAAUUAUGAUUUAAGAUCAUGUUUCUUGUAAAUUGUUUCAUUCAUUAUUGGGACGUAUUUAUUAAACCGCUUUUUCAUGCAGUUUUUGUGAAGUACGAUUACGGCUUGAAUUUUCUGUUCAGUUCGGCAAAACAUCAAUCUUCUCGACAAAAUGUCGAUAUUCGUGAAUUUAAUAUGAAUUAAAAUAUUAUGUAUUUGUGUUGCAACAUACUUUGUACUAUGUUAGACAACGCUUUACCAGAAUUUAAGAUGUGAAUGCAAGAACAAAUGCUGUUGUUGUAAGACUCGCACAACUUUAAUUUUUUGUCGUUAUUUUUCAUGCAAUUCAAAGUUGCGAGUUAAGUGCAAUAUUUCCGCGAUAUUUUUUCUAGGCAUUGAAUUUUAAGCGAGUUUGAAGUUAGAGACAAAUAUUAUUGUUGCUAAGCGAUUUUGUGUAGAAGCUCCAAGUUUGUGAUAUUUUACGCACCAGAACAUCUCUCAAGACAAGGGCGUGGAGCUUUAAAUUUGUUAUAAAAUUUCAAUGACAAUAAGUUUAUUCGUAUGAUAGUGCAUUAACAUGCAUUAAUUCAAGAGUGAAGACAUUUUAACUGUUAUACAUUAUCUAAGUGAACGCACUGCCACGUUUACUUAUCGCUUCACGAAUCUUUCUAGUGGUCAAAAUGGUGAAAUGGUGUCAUUUGUUUAACUGCUUUCUUACUUGUUGCCGUUGAGAUGCGGGCAAUAAAUGAAAAAGGCUACCGGGGUACCGGUAACAUGCCUCAACGGUACUAGGGUACCUAUGGCAUGCUACCGGUGGCAUGCCUCAAUGGUACCGAAGUAAUGGUACCGUUCCUCGAUGUAUCAACAGACGAAAUAUCAGUUCAAUUGCGUAUGCAAAUGAGAAAUGUUCAACGAGCUUCUGUUCUGCGUUUGUUGAUUUUGUUAUACAAUAAAAAUUCACUGCUUAUCGGAGAAUUUUUCAUCAGAGGCUCAAAAGUUUAAAACCGUGUCUUUCCUGAAUUAUUUCUCUUUUGUCUAGUAAAUUCUGUAUUUUUGUUGACUUUCCAUAAAUUAACUUCACAAUUAA